UUAAAACUAAAAUAACCUUUUUGCAUAUAAAAAUAUAUAAAUAAUUAAUAUAUAAACUAGAGGUUAUCGUUUAACUGUAUAUUUAAAUUGAAACAUGAAUCAUGUAAAAAAAAUUUAACAGUUUUUUCAUCAGAAACCAACUUCAGGUCGUUUAAAUAACCAAAUAACUUCGUGUCAAAAAUUCAUUGCUCAUUUUAAGACCAUAUCAUAUGUAAUGUCAUGACAUUUAAUAAUAACAAUAUAUGAAAAUUAAUUAAUUCUAUUGUUCAGUUAAUAAUGAAUAGCAAAAUAAUAUUUUAGUUUGUGAGUACAAAAAAAAUAAUUAUAACAAUUAAAUAAAAUUUAUUUUUAAAGGGAAUAUUGACGUGUCUUAAAUUAGUGGGUGGUUAUAAAAUGAAAGUGCAAAAAUAUAAAACUAUAAUUAUCUGAUUCAUUACCUGAUUAAUUAAUAAACAAAAUAUUUAUUUAUUUUUUAAUUAAUAAUUAAUUUAUUCGUAGUGGCAACAGUAAAAAAAAAUACAAAUUUUGAUAAUUUCUUUUUUGGUUAAAAACGUGAUCGUAAUUCAGUUUGAAUUUUAAUAAUAAUUUUCAACAAUUGACGUAAUUGAAUGGAUUAAUAAAUUAACAUUUAUAUUAAUAAUGAAAGACAUGACUUUACUGUCUUUAAAUUAUUAUAUUUUGUAUUCCUAUAUGAGUAAACUGUUUUUUAAAAAAAAUAUUUUUUAUGAAUUAACGUAAAAAUUUAUUUGAAUUUAAAAGUUUUAAAAAGCUGAAAAAUGUCUGCAAUGAAAUUAAGUAUGCAAGACAAAAAAGAUUUAGAUAAAUUUAUGAAGUUUUUGGCUUUUAAAGCUGCACAAAUAAUUGUACAGUCAAGAUCUGGUGAAAAAGUCAUUACUAAAUGUAAACCAGAUUCUUCAGGAGCAGAUUGGUUCAAUUUAGCAGUUCAUGAUCUUCCUGAAGUCCUAGCAGAAGCCAAAAAAGUGUUGUGUGGGGAAGCAAUAAGUUCUUCGAUACCAUUAUGUAUAGAAAUAUCAUUAAGAACUAUCGAAGGUGAUACAAUGGUCCUAGAAACAUGGAGUUUGGGUGUUUUACCUGAACAAAGUGAUCCUACAAUAAGAGUUACUUAUACUGUUUAUAAUAGAAUGGGAAUUUUACUUAAAUCAUUACUUUCGAUAUCGAGAGUUACGCCUGCUUAUAAAUUAAGUCGUCGACAAGGACCAGAUUCAUAUGUUAUUUGUUAUAGAAUUUAUAUGGGUGAACCACAACUUCAUACACUAGGAGAUAAUUAUAAACAUAUAAGAGUUGGUCAACUUUGUACUCCUGUUGGUACAAUUCAUUUAUCAGUAUCCUAUCGGACUAAAAUGACGAUAUCACCCACGCACACAAGCCGGGAUUCUAUAAUGCUCAAAAGUGAUCACUUUCACUCAGAUCUAAGUCCAAGACACGCUCGAUAUCAACAGAGUGAAGAAAUAUCUAAAUCAUUAAGUGAUACCAUUAAAGUGGGAGCGUUUGUUGUUAAUAACAAAGUUGUUGUUAAUGAAGAAGACUUAGUUAUACCAGAUGUACCAUUUAGUGCAUUAUUAACUCCAAGACAAACAUCCCCACCUCUUGGACUCAUUCCUGAUAGACCAAGUCCUCCAACAUCAACCUCCGCAACAACUACAGCUUCUACUGCUCCAGUUAAUUCUGCUACAGCUGCGACUUCUGUUCUCACGUGUACUCCAUUGAGCAGCGUCGUAGGAGCUAAUUUGGAUACGAAUAAUGGCAAUAAUGACAAAUCAUCAUCAAUUGGUAAUGCGACAUCUAAAUGUAAUUCAAGAAAUGGAUCAAGAAGAAGUAGCUGUUCAAUUACCAGCGCUAACGACGAUUUCAUUAUGAAAACUCCUUUUGCUGGUACUAAUACAAAUAGUGAUUUAAGUGCUUUUUAUCGUGAAUGCCAGAGUGCACCCCAACUUCAAGCAUUCUUGGAAGAAGAAAGAACUUUAGCUGAACAAGUUGGGGAUCUUACUAAACAAUUAGAGACAUUUGAAAUAAAUAUGCAAAAGUAUGAAGAUAUACUUUCUACGUUGUGUCAAACUGAUAAUAAUAAUCAGUAAUAAAUAUUUAAAAGAAAUAAAAAGUAUAUAUAUAAUAUAAAUAAUAGACUAUUUCAAAAAAGUCGACUAUUUAUUUUCAAAAAUUAUACGGAAACUAUUAUUCGAGAUGAAGAAUUGAAAUUCUGGUAAAGUUUGAGUUUUUGCUAUUAAUAACACACUCAUCGCAAUUUUCGAUUUUCCAUUUGAAUAACAUGGGAAAAUCGUGCCAUGUGGCCCAGUAGGGACGAUAGCCAAUAAGGAUAAAAAAAAAAAACAUGAGAAAUUUUUUUUUUAAAGUUUGAAAUUUUAUCACUCAUCAGUGAAUUAAUAUAUCGGAAAAAUCGAUCGAUAUAUUUAUUGGAAAUCGAACGCUCUAUAAAAAAGGUCUCUUGUUGUUUUUCGAUAAAUUCAAUUUUUAAAAAGUUAUUCAAAGUCAAAGUAGAAUUCAUAGUAAAUUUUAGUAUUAUUCGACUUCCGGUAAAACUAUCAGACUUAUCGUAAAAUGCUAUAGGACCUUUUUUGUAGAUCAUUUCAUUUCCUACAACUUAUUUCUGACAAAGUUUUCAAAAUUCCUGAAAUCUCUUUCGUUAUUUGCAUUGAAAUGUCAAUUUGUUCCAAAAAAUCAUAUUCUGGCAGAUUUUAAUUACUUACUUUUAAAUGCAAAUAAUUAAAAAACUUUCAAAAAUUUCGGAAACUUUGUACGAUGUAAUUUGUGGAAAAUAAAACGAUCUACAAAAAAAGUCCUGUAAAAUUUUGUGAAAAGUUUGAUGUUUCGCCGGAAAAGUCGAAUAAUACUAAAAUUUUCUGUGAAUUCAACUUUGACUUUGAAUAACUUUUGAAAAAUUGAAUUUAUCGAAAAAUAAUAAGAGACCUUUUUUGUAGAGCGUUCAAUUUCCAACAAAAAUAUUUAUUGAAUUUUCCGAUAUACUGAUUCGCUGAUGAGUGAUAAAAUUUCAAACUUAAAAAAAAAAAUUUCCCAUGGUAUUUAAAUGGGAAAUUGAAAAUUGCGAUGACGUGGUUGCUAAUAUUAAGAGCUCAAACUUGCAGUAUUUUUUUUUCGUCAUCUCAAAAAUUUUCCGUAUAAUUUUUGAAAAAAAUAAUCAAUUUUUUGACGCAGUCUUAUAUAUAAAUAUAGUAGAUUAUUUAGAUAUUUAAUUAUUUAUAUGAUAGAUCGACUGAAUUUUACUUAAGUAAAAUAUAUAAUGAAUUUAUCGAAAUUAAUAUAUUAAGUUAUAUUUAAUAUAUAAAGUAUAAAAUCCAUAGUUUAUUAUAGUUAUUUUGUAUUAUGCAUAAAGUCAUAUUUUUCGGAAUUUAAAAGAGAUAUAUUUAACUAAAAAAGGCACCAAUAAUUUAUUAAAAUUUUUUAAUAUUUAAAAAAAAAUUACGUUAAAUUUAUUUUAAUAAUUAAACAAAUAUUUUGUAUGAUAUUUUUUGUGUAAACAAUAUCUAUUGGUGUUUUCAAAUUAUUUAAAGUUAAAUUAUAAUUGAAAUGAAUUAAUUUUUUUGUAAUUAUAUUUUGUAUAAAUCGGAUAAUUUAUUUAUUUUUUUAAAGUAAAUAAUAAUAACUAGUUUAUAGUAAAAUUGGCUUUAAAUAAAUAUAAUGUUACUCAUUAAUGCCAUUAUCACUAUUGAAUAACCGCGAAAAAAAUGUUUGCUCGCAAGGCUUUUAUAUGCAAUCAAAGUUUAAUGAGAAGUGAUAAAUUAAUUUUGAAACUUUUUUACCUCUGCUAAAAAUUUUAUUAAAUUUAAAAGAAUUCUUGUACAAUUGCUUAUGAAAAUUAAUUUAUCAUUCAUUUUAUUUUAUUGAUCUUUGAAAAACUUUUCAAAUUUAAAAAUGAAACUAUAAAAUUGAAAAAUAAAUUUUUUAAUUUCAUAUAAAUGAGGUUUUUAUGUUAAAAAAAAUUUUAACUUAAAGGAAAUUCAGAACUUUGAAUUAAACUUUUUCGUAAAUUCAAAAAAUUCAAGAACGAAAAUAUUAAUUGAUUCUGUAAUCUUGUAAGGUAAAAGCCCCUUUACCCGCUCAGUAUCAUUAGUCGUUCACUUUAACUGUUUAAGGCGUUUUUUUUAUAAUUUUUAUAAAAAAAAAUUACACAAAAAUAAAUAAAUCUGGUCGUAAAAUUAAAGUCACCUUAAAAAAAUUAUAUAUGACUAUAUAAAUUAAAUAGAAUUCUUCCAAAGGAUGAUAGCAAACUUGGAAUACUUGCUAUGUCACCAUCAUCAUCUGAAGAAUUCAACGGCAAUUUAUUUAACAUCUUUUUAACGGUCUAAAGUAGAAUGUACUUGCAUCAACUUUACUGAUGAGUCCAGCAAGUAUAUUCGGAAAGAAACCGUAAUUAUAAAAUUAACAUCUUUGAUAAUUAGAAUCAUUUCAUUCAUAGUAUGGUAUUACAGUGCGCAUUAAAAAUGAUGAAUUUAAACAUCACUAAUCCACAUGUAAUAACUCAUACGCAGAUUAGAUUCUAAAUAAAUAAUCAUCAAUUAAACAGAUCAGUAAAGCCGUUAUUCCUUUUACACAAAAAAAAAAAAAAUGACAACUAAAAAUAUGAUCAUUAACAAAUAAUUAUUUAUGAAUCUAAAUAUAUUAAAAUAUCAUGUACCAAAUUAUUUUAUAAUAGAUUAUAAAUUUAAAUUAAAUGACUGUUUUCAAAAUCGCGCUCAGCUGGGCAUUUUUUACUUUAACGUUCAUUCGUUAGAUUAAAUUUAGAUUACGUCAAAUUUUUUAAUAAUUGUUAUAACUAUAUCUUAUUAAAUAUAUUUUUAAAAUUCAUGAAAUUUUAUAUUAUUAAAGAAUAAAGUAGUAUAAUUUAUAAAUUAUUUGUCCAAAUCAAUAAACUUAUGAUAGUUUAAUUGAUAUUGUCUUUGAGCGACUGUAAGGCCAUGUGUUGAUCGAGUAAUGGUACAUGACAACUUUUAGUGAGUGACUAUGGGUACACUCAAGGACCUUAUUUAAAAAAUUAAUAAUAAUUAAUUAUCAAGAUUAUUCUUCAAACUAAGAUUAUAUUCUAAUAUUCGAAACUUCAAAAAAUAACUAUAAAAAGAAAUAUGGUUUUUCAUUUUGUUUAUUAAUUUAUAUUGAGUGAUUUAAUCUCACUCCAAUGAAAAGUGAAUGGGUAUUGCGGCUUCUACCUUAUAUGUAUUUAAACUUUAAUGUAAUUUUUAAAAAUUGUUUCGCGCUUGUGAAAAAGAAUUAUACUAAAAAAUUUUUAAUUUUUUUAAAAACAUUUUUGUAUUUCUAAUUAUAUAUAAUUAUGUUAUAAAAAAAAAUGAUUAUACAUCUGCCAUUUUUCGUAUCAUAUUUUUAUUUUUGAAUUUUUUAAA